AUGAAAAAAGAAUAAUGGGCUUUAUAAAGACCACACUCGACUAAAAAGGGUCAAAACCAGUUUGCGAAGGAGGCUGCUAGGGUUUUUAUCUCACAUCGCUUCAGGUUUCUUUUGAAAGGCUGAAACGAUGUCUCGUGUGUAUGUUGGUAACCUGGAUUCCAGAGUGUCAGAGAGGGACCUUGAAGAUGAAUUUCGUGUUUUCGGAGUUAUUCGGAGUGUUUGGGUUGCACGGAGACCACCAGGUUAUGCUUUUAUUGACUUUGAUGAUCGCCGAGAUGCACAGGAUGCCAUUCGUGAAUUAGAUGGCAAGAAUGGUUGGAGGGUUGAGCUUUCUCACAAUUCUAGAGGUGGAGGUGGCGGUGGAGGUGGUGGUCGUGGUGGUGGACGCUCUGGUGGUGGUGGCGGUGGUUCUGAUAUGAAAUGUUAUGAGUGUGGUGAACCUGGUCAUUUUGCUCGUGAAUGCCGCAUGCGUGGUGGUUCAGGAAGACGCCGUAGCCGAAGUCCACCUCGAUUUCGUAGGAGCCCAAGUUAUGGGCGAAGAAGUUAUAGUCCUCGUGGGCGCUCCCCUAGACGCCGCAGUGUUUCACCUCAUGGUCGCGGCAGCUACAGCAGGUCACCACCUCCUUACCGUGCCCGUGAGGAGGUGCCUUAUUCUAAUGGAAAUGGCCUUAGGGAAAGGCGCCGAAGCAGAAGUUGAUUUUAAAUUUGGUAACUGCAAUUAAGAGGACAGUGAGAUUUUGUUAAUUUAGGGGUGCUUGGACUUGCAGUAUGUGUCUGUUUUGUUGGGCAACGCCCUGAGAUUCUACUCUUGUAUUUGAUUAGGUACUUUAAUGAUGUCUCAGGUAAUGUUUCUUUUUUCUAUGCAAGAAUGCUUGUAGUCUAGUUGCAUGUCCUUUAAGCUUGUUGCUACUAUUUGUUAGAAAUUCUGAUCUUUCUAAGACAUAUGCUUGGCUUCUC